AACCAACUGCAACUCAUCCCAAAUGUGCUCCAUCAACGAACUCUUUCUCAUUUACUAAGCAAACACUUGAGAAUGAAGAGAGAAUCAAAACUUGUGCUUGUGACAAUGCUAGUGCUGAUGCUUCUUGCUGAAUCACACAUCUCACUUGCUGCAACAUGUAGCCCAGUUCAGCUGAGCCCUUGCCUAGGUGCUAUCAGAUCCUCAUCACCACCAUCUAAACUCUGCUGCAGCAAGAUUAAGCAACAAAAGCCUUGUCUUUGCCAAUACCUCAAGAACCCAACUCUUAAGAAGUAUGUCAACUCUCCUGGUGCCAAGAAAGUCGCUCGCUCUUGCGGCGUUCCAUACCCCAGGUGUUAGAAAAAAAACACUAAAAUGAUCAUAUACUAUAUAUAUUUCAUGAAUUAAUUAUCUAUCAGCAUUAUAUCUGUUUUAUCUACUUUCUGCCAAUUUUAGUACUCUCUGUGACUGACUCUGUUUGCACAAGUUUUAUACUAGGUGUUCUACUACUAUUUACAUAAAUAAAGUACUAAAAGUAGUACUAGUAUUUAUCUUAUCUUGUCCCUGUAAUCUUGGCUGCGAUUUACUUGGAAUGCAGAUGUAUUGAAUAUUACUAAGUUGAAAAA